ACCUGGCGACCUUUAGCUCGAGGAUAGGGAGCUGUCCUUUCAGCACCACCUGCAGCCUCAGCUGACCCUCCGGCUCAGACACACUCCGGACACCAAACCCGCUCUGAAGACCAGACAGCAAGCAGCUGAUCGCAAACCAGCGUCGGUCCCCUCAUAAAUCCUGCAGAUCUGAAGGCUUCGGAGGCAGCACUUGAGGAGCAGCAGACGCACGGAAGAGAAGCUGCACAACAACAAGCCUCUCCUCCGGCUUCACGCUCCACGUUAACCCCACGAUUCACAUCCCGCAUUUGGUCCUCAAGCUCCUGCAGAAUGAACUCUGGAAGCGGGCACUGAGACGACCCAGAGAUGCUGAUGUCCGGGACGCUCCGCCGCCUCCUCAUAGCCGGGACCUGCCUCUGCGUCUGCGGAGCCCCUUUCCAGCCCACUCGGGUCGGAUCCUGCGAAGGAGGACAGUGCGCCGGAUCAGAUGUGAAGUCUGCAGACGGAGACCAUGUGAUGCUGGAUGUAGGUGCGGGAGGAGGUGGGGCUGGCCCACAUGGACGACCGGAGGGGAUAGGACCGGUGACGCAGGCUGGAAACGGGGGCAGCCUGGAUGGAAGAUCUGGGCCGAGCGAGGCUGGUGGAGAGGCAUGGAGCCAGAGGAGCGAGGCGAAGAGCAUCGACAGCACGCCUGAGAUGGGAGAGAGGCAGGCGGAGGAUCUACCUGCCGACAGAGAGCCUACAGGUGGGAGGAAGCCGGACAUGGAUACUCCUGGUAGAUCUUCAGCCUUAACUACACCCCAGCUGGAGAACAACCAACAGAACGUUGGAUUUUCUGACUCUCUCCAGGAUCCAGAAGCAAACUUAGCAUCUUCUCCAGAACCUCCAAACCCCUCCGCCUCCUUCUGGACCCACACCUCCCUCAGUCCCAUCCCUCCCUUGGUGUUCGUCACCCCUCGGACCUCCACACCUUUGGCAAUCUGGGGCCGCGAUGGAGCUACGAUGUCGUCCCUCCCGGACCCCUUUUUACCCGAAAUCGGACCCAGAGAGGACGGACCAGAGAGCCUGUGGACCGAAGCAGCAAGACCAGGUGGAGCCGACACUGCGAUCCCGCUGUCUCAGGAUGAAGCCACAGAGGCCACCAUGUCAUCAGAGGCCCUCCCUCUCAUCUUUGAGCCUUUCGAAGACGUGACACCAGAAGGAGGAGCGGCGGCGGUGGCGGUUACCAUGGUGCCUGGCAACGCUCAGCUUCCCGGUGCCAUGGCGACCGGAGGGCUGCCUCUGUCAGACCUGGACCAGCUGGUCACCGUAGAGACCGACGGCGAUGAUCCUUCACAUGCUCCGCCGGUGCUGAUGCCAGACUGGACGUCACCGUGGCAGACAUCUGGUGCAGAAAUCCUGGAGCCAAUCAGCUCCUCCGGUCCGUCUGUUUCACAGCGGCAAGUCGGAACUGAACCAGAGGAUCAAUCAGAGAAAGCGGCUGCGAGGACAACAAACCUUGAGGAGAACUUGUCCUCCACCGGUCCCUCCCUCGCAUCCUUCCAGCAUGCUAUGACAACAGUAACCAUGGCAACCCAUCAUCCAGUGCACAAAUCCAGAUCAGGGCUGGAGGAGAUGGAGUCUGAAGAGGAGCAGGACGAGGAUGAAGAGGACGAGAACUCAGAGGAGUCUGUGGAGGAGGAGAGUGAAGAGGACCUCACAGAAACACCUAAAACCUCCUCAACACAGCCUCCAUACAGCCUCAUCCCUCCACCUCCUGUCUGGGUUCAGCGCAACCAGGGCCUGAUGCGUAGCUGGGUAGAGCUGAUCAGAGAAAAGGCUGGUUAUGUAUCCGGCAUGUUGGCCCCUGUGGGCAUUGGUAUAACGGGGGCUCUGCUAAUCGUUGGCGCCCUCUACAGCAUCAGGAUGAUUCACCGCAAGAGAAGGAACAGCUUCAAGCACCAGAGGAGGAAGGUCAGGCAGCCAGAGCAACCUCGGGAGCCGGGAACCAGCCGUCAGGACCAGGCCAUGCUGCUGGCCGACAGCUCCGAGGAUGAAUUCUGAUCAGAGCCCUCCGAGGCUUCUUUAAUUGGUGACCAACAGCCGAAGCUCCAGUGACGGAGGCUCGGCGAACAUCCCCAUUGCUAUGACUACCGCAUCUCCAAUCACCCCGGCCUGUUUGGGUAUCAGAUCCACAGAAUGUGAACGAGUUUAGGGCACAAUCAGCUUCGUAAGACCCUUUCUUUACAAAAGUACCAAUGUGAGCACUUUUCUAAAUGUUGUCAGGUGACUCUGAAGGCUUGGUUUGGCACUUUGACAUGAAAAUAUAAUUCUGCUGCUCUGAAAAAAAAGACGCAUAAGCAGGGAUUUAUCAGACGUAUGAAAGAGUUGAUGGUGAAGUUUUGCAGCUUUAUGGUGUAGGGGGGACCACAGGAAGGUGUUCUGUCAGGUAAUAAAAGGGCUGUAGAAGAGUUGCAUUACAUAAACAGUGUAAAUAAAUGUACUGUACGUGUAGCUGACUCGGGGUCAGUUGUGUUAGUGUAAAUGAAGUUUUAUUUCUUGCUGAACAUGUAGGAUAUUUAAGAGGAUAUUUUGCUUUUCAUGCUGGGAGUUGGAUUAGAAGAUUGAUAUCACUAUCAUAUGACAGCAAGUCAGUCUGUCCAAAGGUACCAAAUGAUGGCUGCCAACACUUUUAAACCUGAUACAAUAGUGACCUUUGGAGGCGCUGGCAGGUUGGCUUUAUUACUACUCAACAAAAGCUGUCCUGUUUCCAGUAAAGGGGUUGACAAUUAUCGGAAUAAGCAUUUUUCUGAUCAUCAUAUUUUUAAAAAUCGAUUCCAGAUACAAUAACGUAAUGAAAAAAAUUGGUUCUUUGGCUAUGAUGUUUGUUGCUCCGGUUUGUCUCUAGUUUGUCCUGCCUAUAAAUGUAGUGGUGUUGACUGUGUUCACAUAAAGAGUCAAUAUAAACACUUCACUCUUGUGGUAUUCAUGACCUUUUAAGUAAAAAUUCUGCAAAGCCUCAGAGUUUUAGAAUGGCAGUGGCAAAGUCAAAGUACAUUUUUUGGUGGAUUCUGGGUUGACAUAUUAUUUUGGUGGUAUAGAGAUUUUCUUUGUUAAACGUUGAUAAUCCCAUUGGCCUCAUUUUCCUGUAAUCAGACAGUAACAUCCCCACAUUGCAUUGGUGGACAUAACUUCCCGGAGUCCACAUGAGCACUCCCUUCUUUCUUCUUCCCAAACUAGAGUAAGUAAAAGUUUCCAAAAAGUACUUUCCAAAAGUUCACGAGAAUUUGCUGAUGUUUUUAGAAGUAGCAGAAGUCGUGGAAGUUUAAUUCUCGGUGGAUUCUAGGUUAAUAUAUUAUCAUUUCGCUCACAUAGAGCUUUUCAGCCUCAUCUUUUUAUGUCUUUCGAUGUCAUGGCACCUGCUUGACGGUAACAUCCAUGUUGAAUUAGUGUAUUUAAUAUAUACGGCUUCCCAUGUAUGAAGCUCUUCAAUUCCAUUUAAAGGCAGCCAGUGACUGUAGACAAAAACCAUCCAUGGCUACCCUGACGUCACCCCUUAACUUGUAGAAUAGCAUUUUAAAGGACUGAGUUUGGAAUUUAGUCAUCACCAUCUUGGUAUUUUGAAACCAGACAGACGAGAGAAGUGGUUCUAAGAAACUGAGGACACUCCAUAUGCCCAUAUGAUGUCAUGGCAGCCAUUUCCUAAAACAUACCGCUGUUUAUUGUCAAUUUUCCUCUAAAUGGGACCAUAAUUUACUAAGUGAACAUCAUAUUAUAUCGAAGGAGUCUUGAAACUAGUGAUUGAGUCAAACUAAUGAAGAAAAUGUAUAGUGUAGCAAUAAAUCAAGUGGGAAGUUGGCUCAUUUUCUCAUAGACUUCUAUAGCAUCUGGCUUCUUUUUGAAUUGCCUCCUGCUGGCUGUUAGAAAGAAUGCAGGUUUGAGGCACUUCUACAAUAACUCCACAUUUCAGUCUAUCAACAUGAAGGGAUAAAAACUGAGAAGUUAUCUUUAAAUUGAAGAUACGCACAGUAUAAAUAAAGUCACUUUGAAGAAGUUAGGUGAUGAAAUUAGUGUUAUUCUAAAUUUUGACACCAAGAUUUUAAUUUUCACUGCAAUUAUCUCCUCGAUUACUAAUAACGAUAUCCGUCAACUCCUAUUCCAGUCGCUCCUUUAGCUUCACCAACAGAUACGACUGUGGUAUCAAACUUCGCAUCCAACUCUCAGUAAGAAAGCGAAUAGCCCACACCUUUUAGUAACCGUCACAUAGUUAAUUUGAAUUACUGCUUGGUUUAAAUGUGAAAUUUGUGGAAAUGCAAAAUGUUUUAUUCAAAGUCAUUUGUUCAUAGACUGUGAGAAGCACAUACAAAAUACCAUCAUCCUAUAAAAGUAUGUAGCAUAAAACAGAUUUUGAUGUACAAUAUACUGUAACUCUGGUAAGAACUCAUCGCACUUGCAAAGUUUUUUUCUUCUUCUAAGUGCAUGAUUGUUCACACACAGACUUGUUUGCAGAGGCUUCUUUCUACAGAAUGAAGCGUAUCUGCUGGCUGGAAAAGCACAAACACUGAAGACAAUGGAGCUUAUUUUCACAAGUUAAAGGUUCUUUUUAAAACUAUCUCAGUUGGUACAAGGGUGUGGUUUUUGUGUCCUAAUCUGAGAGCAGAUAAACAUGAAGUUUUGCUCAACACUUCUGGCCCAGAAUGUCACGCUCAGAAACAGUGAGAUUAUUGUCAAAUUAAGCUUUAAACUUUUUGAGGGAAAAUAAAAAUAGACAGAAAGCAGAAGUAUUUCUAGUAAUUUGAGCCAUAUUUGUCACACCAAUGAUGUUAUUUUCUGUAACUUCAUGAGCCAUCUGACAUGCUUAACGUACAACUGCCUGUUUAUAUGCAACAAUAUUGUUUUAGGUGAGUGUGAUGUAAAAAACAGUGGACUUUUUUUGUCUCUUUAUGUAGAUAUAAAACAAGGCUGUGAUCGAAUAAACAACUCUUUUAGAUUGCGAA